CGUGCGUUACAAAACAUCCACAUUUGGAGAAACGCGGAGGAGCCACAGAGGAGCCACAGAGGAGCCACGGACGAGCUGCGAGAGCCAGGACCAGGACCAGGACCAGGACUCAGACCCGAGACUGUAAACUGUGACUCUGCUGCAGGAGCAGUGACAGGAGCAGCGACAGGAGCAGUGACAGGAGCAGUGACAGGAGCAGCGACAGGAGCAGCGACAGGAGCAGCGACAGGAGCAGUGUUGAUUUGAUAGUUUUAUGUUUAUGGGUGGUGUUGGUGUUGGUAUCGGUGUCGGUAUCGGUGGUGUUUGAGGAAAGACAAAAUGAAAGUACCAAAAGGAAAAACUGCAAAGUCUCAGGAAACUGAAUCCAAAAGUUCUUCAAGAAAAGGAGCCAAAAGUAAAGAGUCACUGUCCAGUAAAGUGAAGGACAAGAAAGAUGCAGCGUCCAGGUCGUGUUCUGUGCAGAAGAAGAUCGUCCACCACAGUGUCCUGCAUCAUCUGUACAAGAUGAGCCUGGGCCAGAGCCGACACGCUCAGCUCCGACAGUGUCUGCAGGAGCCCUUCAGCCGCUCUCUCUCCUCGUUUCACUUCCACGGCGCCGACAGCCCGUUCGACAGAAGAAUCACCAGUCUGGAGUGGCACCCGACCCUGCCCUCCACACUCGCCCUGGGCUCCAAGGGAGGAGACAUUUACCUGUGGAACUUUGAGGACACGUCCAGAAAAAGCUUCGUCCGAGGGGGGGGAGCGGGUGAUUCCAUCGGGGGGCUGAAGUUUUGCCCCUCAGACUCGUCCAGAGUUUUCGCCGCCUCUGGAGACGGGACGGUGUCGGUGCGAAGCCUCGACGGCGUCAACAGCUCCGUCCUGUUCGGAACUCAACGCUGCGGCCACGACGAACACAACGUCUGCGUCUGGUUCUGCUGUCUGGAUUUAUCGCCGAGUCGUCAGAUGUUGGCGACCGGAGACAACACGGGGAACCUGUUCCUGCUCAGUUUGGACGGGAAAAAGAUUUUUGGUGAGAAACUGCACAAGGCCAAAGUGACUCACGCCGAGUUUAACCCGCUCUGUGAUUGGCUGCUGGUGACCUCGUCCGUGGACCACACCGUGAAACUCUGGGACCUGAGGAACAUCAAGAACAAGACGAGCUUCCUCCACGACCUGCCCCACGAGAAGGCCGUCAACGCAGCGUACUUUAACCCGUCCGACUGCUCCAAACUGCUGACCACAGAUCAGUACGACCAGCUCCGCGUCUACUGCUCCUCUGAUUGGUCCAAACCUCGUCAUGUGAUCCAGCACCCACACCGACAGUUCCAGCACCUCACACCCAUCAAGGCCACGUGGCACCCGACCUACGACCUGAUGGUGGUGGGGCGUUACCCGGACGGGCGCGUGUGCCCGGGCACCCUCAGGACCAUCGACAUCUACGACGCCAACUCCGCAGAGCUGGUGUGUCAGCUGUACGACCCGUCUGCGCCCGGGAUCAAGUCUGUGAAUAAGUUUAAUCGUUUGGGAGACGUGAUCGGAUCUGGGAUGGGUGCGACGGCGCUGGUGUGGGACCGGAGCGAGUCCGGGCUCAGACACACACACACAGAGACGUCGGCCCCAGGGACGUCGGCGAGGGCCCCGGGCAGGAUGCAGCCGACCCCCAGAGACAGAGCGCCCCCUGUGGACAAAAAACUCAUGAAAAAACUCCUUUCUCUGGAGGAAACGCAGAACAAAACCAAGACUAAACGAAGAUAAAGGCUGAAAGUAAAGAGAGCGUUUCUUAUAUUCAAACUCAAACUUUACUGAUCCAUAGAGAAACGAGUCAGACACAAGAGUCACAAUAAAAUAUAAAGACAAAGAAAACAAAUAUAUAAGGAGCAAGAGACACGAGUUAAAGGUUGUAUGGAGGAUUUUUUUUUUUUGUUUCAAAUUGUCACUGAAAGUUUAAAAUACCGUUACGGAGACGCAGCAGCUUUGUAAUUAUGAUGACCAAGAAAAAAAGAAUGAAAAUCCAACAACUGUGGACGUGUUGAGGCCAGAGAAACAUCAGCCAAUAGAAAACGAGGCUGCCUCUUUAUAUAUUGGCUGUCGGGUCGUCAAUCAAACUCCCUACGUUUCUAGUGUAAGUGACUUGUGGGCACACGGGGAUUUCGUGGUUUAUGCGGCAGGUCUUAGAGGCUUUUUCAAACUGUCGCGUCCUCGCAGUUCGCACAAAGUUUGUCGCGACGUCGGACAAGAAUCCACGACCGGAUCGCUGCAAAAGAAAGUCAGUUUUUGAGGUCGCAAGAAGAAGAAGAAGAAGAAGAAGAAGAAAAGCGAAGACAAACUGAGGUGGUUCUUGGAGAUCUCUUCCCGCGACGGCGCGACUGAAGCGGGCGAAGGGUCCAAAAACUGAAGACGCGUCGGUCGCUGAAUUAUUUCUAGACAGGAAACUUCAACGGCGAUUCUGAACCCGCGCCGGAUGUAAACAAACGUGAUUUCUAGAGUCAAGAGGCGGGAGGAGGAGGUGUUUCUACUGAGGAAGCCGUGGAGGAGGAAGGUGGUGUCACAACAUUUGAAAAAGGACGGUCGCUGUAUUUCUCAUUCCUUAAAAAAGUCCUCUAUUCAACCUUUAAAUAAGACAUAAUUAUAUAAAUGUAAAAGUCUAAAUAAAAUAGAAAAAUAAAUAUAAAUAAGCAUAUAAAAUAUAAAAAUAUAAAAUCUGAGUUUUAUAAAAGAGAUAAACAGGACACAGGGUUGUCGUUACACUGGGGCUCUGACCUCACUGAUGUUUGUUCAUGUUUUAUAAACGUUUAAUGUUUUUGUACUAUUUUUCAAUAAAAGUACAGUUUUGGA